AGAAAUCCUUCUAUAAGAAGUCAAAAUGGUCUGUUGUUUCGGAGAGAACGGAUAGAGAGAUACUGUCCCCUCAAGCCUAGAUUUUCCUUUGCAACACUUUGUAACGGUCGAGUAUUUACUCGGUGUCAACACGGGAAGGCUGGGGAUCUCAGAAGAUCAAGAGAUAGGUGUAUCACGUACGGGGUAGACAGUUGACAGUUGCUAAGUAUCGGUAAAGAUACUAUUUGAAGUUGAGCACGAAGUUCCUGUCUAAUGACAGACGUGCCAGUCUUAUAUAAGACCUCUUCGCCCUCGCAGAAUCCUCCAGAUCCGUUGGAGUCCCAUUCUGUGGAGCCUCCAAAGAAUGGAGUCGGAUAGUGAAGUUGGAUAUAUCGUACCCGGCAUUCGGCAAAAGCCCGCCUUCAGCUAUCAUAGACCCGUUGUAUAUGUAAGGGAGUGGAUCGUCCGCGGUGAGGGUUUAGAGUCGAAUGCGGAAGUGAUGCAGUUGGUGCAGGUACUCUCCCUUCUACGUCACAUAUUAGCUGGGUCAGGGAAAGGUUGGUUACAUUACAAAUGCUGCAGGAAAUGCAAACAAUGGCACGAGUCCCGUCACGCUUGAUUCGAAACUGGUUGGCGGGCAGCGCGCCUCUUGUGCCGCAUUUCAAAUUACUACACCUGUACAAAGAGUCCAUAACAGAUGGUUGAGGAGUUUGUAACCAAAAUGCGGGAAAUUACGAGCUGGUGUCUCUGGUUCUUCGAGCCUGAUUAACAGCCCGGUUACCAAACGGAGACGUAUACUAUAGAAAUACGCGCUUCCUCCGAACUUGUAUUCAAAUGCAAAUUGUUUCUUCUACUGUCCACUAAAUCUCAGACCUGCGACGGACUUUGAGCGUCAGUUUGGCGGCGGAGGUAGAUGUUGAUAUCAGAGAUACCGAGAAGAACAGCGAUGGCAACGAUGGAGACAAACACGGGACCGUUGUCGAGACUGUAGUUUUGUUAAGUUAAGUUGCUUGAGUUACGCCUUGUUCCGAACAAAGGCAAUUGGUAAUGGAAAUUUUCUUUUGGUAAAUUCGUCAAAGAAAAUAUCACAUCGAAUCGCAUUCGAACAGAAGAUCUAUAUGUGAAAGGGAACACAGUCUAUCUUGUCAAACGUACAAACCCUGGCUCCCAAAGCCUGAUGCCGUGCUGAACAAUGCCUUUGAAAUCCCGCAAGAAUUUGAGAACAAGCCCCUGAGACGUACACAUUGGGUAACAACACCCUAUCUUGGCCUCAGGAUCUUUUUCUUUUAAGGUGACUACGUUCAACACGAUCCAUCAUCUUUGAAGGGCGGUAAAGGGAACCUGUCCUUUCUUCGUAGCUCCUUAGUUCGUCCCCAAAACAGAACAGACACUGGGUCUUGCCACAGACGAGGGGAAAGACAGGAGCGACAAGUCCAAUCUCAGGAGACAAAGUCGGUAGCGUGAGGCGAACUCACGAUAGCCACAUAGAGCCUCUACUGUAUCGGCUUGUCGGUUUCAAUGCAGGGGCUAACAGCGUCCUAGAGGGUGGUGUCCGUGAUGCGAGUGCAGACAGGUCAACAGAUUGCAUUCUCUGAGCCGGAUUGAAGUAGUAUAUACCCGAAGAAGUGAAGUUGCAAGAUGAAAAAAAUCAACGAGGAAACACGCUCCUGACCUCUCAGCCCUCUUCUCACGUCUACGAGUACCUAGGUACCUACGUAGUCACAUAAUACUAAUUUUGCGGGGCGCCCCACACCAGGUACCUAGCUGGUUUCUGGUUUCACGUGCUUACGCACCACCUUGACGCGACCUCGUGGUAGGUAUCUUUCAGGCAAGCAGCAUUUUGUGACAGCCACACCAAAUCCUGACCAAACCAUGAUCCUGAGAUAGCUUUACUUCCGGCCAAGUCCGCCUCACGGACAACCAAUAUUCAAAAUGGGCAGCCGCCUCGAGAAGAAUUCCGAAUCCGUGCGUAAGCGCAUCGAAGCUCACACCUUCGAGGAUGAAGAAGGAGAAGAGUACAAAGGCUCCAAAUUUGGCGGCUUCUCGGACUAUUUUCGCCGCAAGAAGAUCAAGCUCCAGAAUCUCGACGCGGAAUUACGUUCGGAGUCGGCGGACAAGCCCAGGAUCUUUCGAGGCGUCGUCGCACACGUCAAUGGCUAUACACAGCCUUCGCUCAACGACCUUCAUCGUAUCAUCGUGGCCUAUGGAGGGGGUUUUAUGCAAUAUCUCGAUGGCAAAACAACGGUGACGCAUAUCAUCGCGGCGAAUCUGACGCCGAAGAAGGCCAUCGAGUUCCACAAAUAUCGCAUCGUCAAGCCAGCAUGGAUUGUGGAUAGUGUUGCUGCUGGGAAAUUGCUGCCAUGGAAUUCCUAUAGGGUUGUUGAUGAGGGCGUGGGACAGCGACUUUUAGGCUUCAAUGACGGCAAGAUGGUCAGUCAGACUAAUACCCAGCAGCGUGGGUACCGAGAACAAACAAGCACGAGUUGGUAUAGCAACCAGGUUCAGUCCGUCGUCGACGAUAUCGAUGAUGAGGAUGGGGCUCAUUUUCCGAGCACACAGAAUGUUGCGUUCAACGGAACAAGUGCGUUUAUGGAAGAUUUGGCUCCAGGGCAACCACGCCGAGAGCAAAAGGACCCAGUAAAAGCAAUAAAAGUGCUCGAGAACCCCGAAUCGUCAGGCGACUUUGAGGUUUCCUCAUCGUUGGAGGACGCUUUAAAUAGUGCCGCAAUACGAGAUGCGGCUCGAAGGUCCAGUCCACUCAAAACUGGACAGAGUGUUCCUGUUCCAAAGGAAUACGAGGAUACCCAAGUGUUGCCACAUAUCCAAAAACCGACAAUCGAGGUCGAGACUAUAGACGCGGCCGCUCCUUCCGAGUCUAUGGAACCAUCCAAUUCUUUGCAACGGUCACGCGACGUCGAAAGUCCGUCACCAUCCAAGAGAGCCAGGAUCAUGACAGCUGAAGAGCAUAAUGCUAUUUUGCUAGCUGAUCCCCACAUUAAAAAGUCCUCGACUGCAAAUCCAGACUUUCUCAAGCAAUUCUACUCAGAAUCUCGUCUCCAUCACUUGUCGACCUGGAAAGCUGACCUGAAGUCUCGCUUCCAGCAGAUGGCAUCAGAAAAAUCGGCUUCACAGAAAUCACCGACCAAAAAAAAGCCAGGAGCUCGACGAUAUAUCAUGCACGUCGAUUUUGACAGCUUCUUCUGUGCAGUAUCUCUCAAGAAUGCACCAGACUACAUCGACAAACCUACGGUCGUUGCUCAUGGCAGUGGUACUGGAAGUGAAAUCGCGAGUUGUAAUUAUCCCGCUAGGAGCUUUGGGGUGAAGAAUGGGAUGUGGAUGAAGAAGGCUUUAGAACUAUGCCCAAAUAUCAAAGUCCUCCCCUAUGAUUUUCCAGCUUACGAAGAAGCGAGCAAGGGUUUCUACGAUGCCAUCUUGGAUGUUGGAGGCAUUGUUCAGAGCGUGAGUGUGGAUGAAGCUCUUGUUGAUAUCACCAGUCUAUGUUUGCCUGCAGGAGGCACUGAUGGUCUCGGGGUUCACGAAGGAAGCAUCUGGAGGGAGCAAGAGAAGGCAGACCAGAUUGCGGACGACCUUCGAAAGCAAAUCAAGGAUAAGACAGGCUGCGAAGUAUCUGUAGGAAUUGGAGCGAACAUCCUUCUUGCCAAAGUUGCGCUACGUAAAGCCAAACCAGCAGGCCAGCAUCAGAUCAAGCCUGAAGAUGUUCUGGACUUUAUUGGUGAGCUCACUGUCCAGGAUCUCCCUGGUGUUGCGUACAGCAUCGGGGGGAAGCUCGAGGAGGUCGGGGUAAAGUUUGUCAAAGAUGUUCGACAGUUAACGAAAGAUCGUCUCAUGACUGUACUUGGCCCCAAGACCGGGGAGAAGAUAUGGGAUUAUUCCAGAGGCAUCGACCGUACUGAGGUCGGAGAGCAAGUUAUCCGUAAAUCCGUGUCUGCGGAAGUCAACUGGGGCAUACGAUUCAUUUCUCAACCAGAAGCCGAGGAGUUUGUCCAGAAUUUGUGCAUCGAGCUGCAGCGUCGUCUUGUCGAUCAGGGAGUCAAAGGACGACAAUUGACAAUGAAGAUCAUGAGAAAGUCUGCGGACGCUCCAUUGGAUCCACCCAAGCAUUUGGGACAUGGGAAAUGCGAUACAUUCAACAAGAGCAUUGUUCUUGGAGUUGCAACAAACAAUGCUGAAGUCAUCGGACGAGAAGCAGUAUCUAUUCUGCGAAGUUAUGGUUUCUCGCCUGGUGAACUCAGGGGUCUUGGUGUUCAAAUGACGAAGCUGGAACUCCUUAAAGCUUCAAACAUAAAGAUGCCAGAUGGCAGUCAAAGAAGGAUCAAUUGGGGUGCCGCACCGCCAAAGUUGGGAAAGCAAAUCACAGCAGAUCCUAUCGAUGACCCACAAACGCCAAGCAAACCGAAGUAUACGUCGACGGGUUGGGACAAGUCAAACCUUGAGGAACCUCCGGAUCCAAUGAAAGACAUAGUUACUCCCACAAAACCGAAGUCAUCAACUGCUCGCUUACUCUUUGGAAAACAUGUAGCCGAUGAUAUUGAAAGUCCACAGAAGACGAAAGACACUCCUUCUGUUCACCCCGCCGCCGUCAUCGCCAGAGCAAAUGCUGCAGAUCAAAGUGCUAAAAAGGUGCUUAAUGUCAUGGGCACGCAGUUCAUCAUCCCCAGUCAAAUUGACCCGCAAGUCCUUGACGCACUUCCCCAUGACAUCAGAUCGAAGCUCAUGGCCCAAAGCAAAAGCCUGCCCUCCUCGAGAGCUCAAUCCCCGUUUAUGGAUUCAAGGUCAAAUAGUGUCACUCCGGAAGAGCCUCCACGCCUGCCCUCCCGGCUUGAUCCAGAUGUAUUCGAAGCAUUGCCAGAUGAUAUGAAAGCGGAGGUGCUUGCAUCGUACGCGUCUCGUGCUGCGCCAGCUCAGCAAGGUCUUCUGCCACAAUCUCCUCGCAAAGGUCUUCAUAUUGUACCUCCCAAGAGAGCAACUCCAACCAAGAAGCGCGGUCGAGGACGUCCUCCAGGUGCUCGGGCCAAGCCCAAACAAGAUUCGCACUCCAACCUUACUCAGGCUAAUUUCGUUGCGAGUAAAGGAAGUACCUCUCGAGACCAAGGCGGCGACUCUGAUGGGUACAACUCAGACACUUUGGAUCCUGAGUUCCUCGCUGCCUUGCCGGAAGAAAUGCGUCAGGAGAUAAUGAAUGAGCAUAGGCGCAAAAGACUUGCUAAGAAAGGCGGGUUGAUGACCACAGCUGCAAUGAAGAAACGACCUCCUCCUGGCCUUCUUCUUGGCCAACGGAAGAUUCGGCUACCACCUCGAGAGCCGAGGCCAACGUUCACAACACAAGAACUAAGUACGUUACCCCAGCUAAGAGAUACUCUCAGCGCGUGGUUCAGGGAGUUUGCAGACGACGGGCCACAUCCAGAUGAUGUGGCUGCUAUGGAAAGAUAUCUACGAAGGGUAAUACUGGAUGAGCGAGACAUGAGCAAGGUAGCUGCUAUAGUAAAGUGGCUCGAAUGGCUCAUUGAUGAAGCUGACGAUGAUAAUGAAGGCACGAAGAUAUGGAGUGAUGCAUUUGACGGCAUAAAAGAUAGGGUCCAGUUGGCUGUCAGAGAACGUGGGCUUGGGAAGUUAGAAUUAUAG